AUGGAAGAAAAUGACAUUGAGUUAGCAUUAAAUGAAUCAUUUUCUGAUUUUGACGAUGAUUUUAUAGAUCCUGAUUUUAUUCCUAACCAAAAUAAUAGUGACAAUUCUCUUGACGGUAUACAGUUAUUAGAAAGUGAUUCAGAGUCCGAAAUAUGUACUCAAGAACCAGAAAAUGAUGUUGUUGUAGUCAAUAAUUCAGAUACUGAAGAACCAACUUCAGGCAUCCGAGGAAAAAGGAGAAAAGUAAAUACAUCAUUGUGGGUAAGAAAAAUUGCAAAAGCUGAACGAGCAAAGGGUAUUGCAUGUGUUAGUUUAAGGCAAAAACCAAUAAAAAAGAGACAAACUGGACCUGGCUGUAUGUGCAAAUGGAUAUGUUUUGACAAAUUUUCAGAUGAAGAGAAAACUACUCUCAUUAAUACUUUUAAUGAAAUUGGAGAUAAAGAAAAGCAAGACAUAUUCUUGGGAGGCUUAAUUGGUAUUAAAAGUAUUGUAAGACAUAGAUCUGAAAAUGAAAAUUGUACUAAAAGAUCAUUUUCUAGCUAUUAUAAAGUACGUGUUGGUGAUAAAGAACAUAUUGUUUGUAAAAAAGCAUUUUGCUCUUUAUUUGGCUUAGGUAAAUCGGUCAUUGACAGAAUAUGUAAUAAUUUAAAACAAAACAAUCCCAGUCCUAGGGAUAAGGGUGGUAAACAUACUGUUCGCCCAAAUCGAGUUUCAGAUUUAAUAUUAUUUCAAAUUAACACCCACAUUCAAAGUUUUCCCAAACGCAGUUCUCAUUACAGUAGACAAGACAUUAAUGAAAGAAAAUAUUUAUCUCCAGAAUUAAAUAUUAGUAAAAUGUACAAUAUGUACAUACAAAAAUAUGAACCAGAAUUUUGUCAAACAUUUAGAAAUGGGGAACAAGUAAAACCAGUAGUGAAGUAUGAUUUUUUUCAGCCCCCACUUUAA